AUGCAGCACUCGCAAUUCGAGCACAUCCUCAUCUACAACCGGCCGAUGGUGCGACACAAGGUGUCGGGGCGGACCGUGACGCGAGAGGAGUUCUUCUCGUCGAGCAAAGAGGAGCUGGAAUUUCUCGCCCGGCCGGUUUCAGCUUCGCUCGUAGAGGUCGUCCCUCGCCGGAUACGACUCCCUGUCCCUGCCAAAGCAGAUGCUGCCAAGCACGGCGACAAAGGCGACAGUCUUGGUGAGCACGAUGCGCAGUCGGCCGCCCUCUCUGCUGAGCAUCAAGCCGGGCACACGCAGCAGCAACCACCAAAGCACCAAGGCACGUCGCCAAACACCACGAGUUCGCUCUGA